AUGGCGCUGCCCAGUGAAAACCUCGUGACGAAAACGUUGAAGAAUUUUAUAGAAUUAACUGAACGACCUGAGGUGUUUUUAAGUGUCCAAGAUAAACUACACAGACAAUUUAAAGAUGCUACAAAGAGUGUGUAUGACAUCACAAAAUCAUCUGAAAGUGGUAGCAAAGCAGCAUAUGACUCCUCGCUUCCAGAACUUAUCAUCCAUAAUUUUGAUGAGGAACAGAUUUGGCAGGAAUUGGAGCUACAGAACAAUUUUACUGUUGAUAAUCUCAUGACAAAGAUUCCUUCACUUACAACUAACAGAGAGCCCCUGUCCUUCUGCAGGAGAAAGGCAGAAAAACUGAAAGAGAAAGCCCAAACUGAUAACAAGUUAACGACAGCUGAUGAAACUAAAACUAAAAACAAGAAUAAAAAUUCACAAAAGGGCAAAACAAAACUACCAAAUAACAUUUUAGAGGAUUUUGAUGAAGAUGAAAACAACAAUGCAUUAGAGGAUAGUGAGGAGAGUGAUGAGGAUUCUGAUACAGAAUUAAAUAGAAUCAAGAAAAGACUUCAAGCUAGUAUGGAUGAUGAAGAUGAUGUGGAUGAUGAGGAAAAUGAUGAUUUAGACUUUGACUUUGGUAAUCUGGAGAAUGAUCUUAGUGAUCCCAAUGAUGAAGAAGAUUAUGAAGAUGGAGAUAAAAACACUUUAAACAGUCAGAUUUCUAAUCUGCAGAAACAGAAAUCUAAACCAAACAAGUCAAAAAGAAGUGUUGUAGAUGACAGAUUCUUCAAAUUAGCAGAUAUGGCAGCAUUUCUGGACCAAGAGGAUGCCCGUGAGGAGAGGGAACAGAAAAGGGCAGAGCAUCAGAGAGAUGAGGAGGAGGAAUCUGAAGAUUCUGAGGAUAUCAACAUGUUUGAGGCCUUUCACUUAGAUGAGGAAGAAGAGAUGGAUGGUAGAAAAGCCAAGUAUCAGGACUUCUUUGAUCCGCCAGAGGAAGCAGGUGAUGUCAACUUAAUGAAAAAAAAGCAUUUCACAGAGGCAGAUGAUGAUGAUGAUGUUGAUGAUGAAAAACAAGAGAAGAGUGAUGAUAAUAGUGAUGAUCAUGAAGAAGAUGACAGUGAAGGGGAUGAUGAGGAGGACGAUGUGGACGAUGACGAUGAGGAGGAGGACAGUGAAGAUGGAAAGAAGGACAAAUAUGACAAACAGUACACUAAGGGUCUUGACCUGCUGGGUGAUAGUGACAGCGAGGAAGGAGAGGCUGUUGAGGAUAUCCUUGGCGGAAAACAGAAGGAUACCAAAUCAUCAUUUGAGAAACGACAAGAAAAGCUCCAGCAAAAGAUUGCCCAGAUGGAGGAUGCUAGUUUGGAACAGAAGUCAUGGCAGCUGAAGGGUGAGAUCACAUCAUCUCACCGACCAGAAAACAGUUUACUGGAAGAACAUCUUGGAUUUGAACACACCACGAAACUUGCACCGGUGGUAACCCAAGAAACCACACAGAAGCUGGAAGACAUCAUUAUACAGCGGAUCAAAGACAAGGCGUAUGAUGAUGUGGAACGAAAAGUCAAGCCAAAAGAGGAUCCAUUUGAGUACAAAAAGAGGAUAGUGUUGGACCAGGAGAAAAGCAAACAAAGUCUUGGAGAGAUUUAUGAACAGGAAUAUCUCAAACAGCAGAAAGAAGAAGAGGAAGAAAAGGCAGAUCCUGAUCAUGACGAAAUAAAGAAGAUGAUGCAGAAAUUAUUUGUAAAGCUGGAUGCUUUGUCAAAUUUCCAUUACACACCAAAACCGGCGGCACCUGAAUUGAAGAUUGUAACAAAUCUGCCAUCCAUACAAAUGGAGGAAGUGGCUCCUGUCAGUGUUAGCGACCAGAAAAUGCUGGCACCUGAACAAGUCCAGGUGAAAACUAAGGGAGAACUGAUGGCCAAGACUGAAAAAUCAGCUACAGAUCGAAAGAGAGAACGUAGGAAGAAGAAGAUAGAUAAAAAGAGAAAGAAUGAAGAGAGAGAGAAGAAGCAUGCUUUGUUAGAAAAGGCACACCCUGAAGUAGGGAAUAAAGCAGGAAAAGAGAAAGCAUUGAGAGGACUGAAGAAACAGAGCAAGACUGGGGGAAGACUGACCAUAGUAAAGGACAAUAAACAGAAGAAGGAUGCAAAUUUGACCUCCUCUAAGACAUUCUUCACCCAACUUCAAGAGGAGGUAACUACUCAGAUCCGUAGUAAGGAUUCUCAGAAAAGAAAGCAAGGCAAAGAAGAUGGGAAAUCAGCAAAAAAAUUCAAACUAUAGACAUAGUCCUUGUGAUGAGGGGAGGCAACUCUAAAAUAAUAAAGAAAUGAACUUUGAAAAAAUUGCUGGAGUAGCCAUAUAAUGAAGAAUGGAGUUGGAAAGAAUGAAAUAAAGGAAAGAUUG